AUGGCGGGUAUAUGGGAAAGAAUAAAAAAAGUGAUAUUUACCGUUUUUCUGGCCGCAGCUUUUCAGAGUAUUUCGUGGAGGUAAGAAAAAUUUUCAGUCAAAAAAAAAUCUGAAAUAAAUUUUCAUUUUCAGACCCAGGUUUGUGAGAGAAUAUGUUCAUGUUGGUGGAAACGUUGAAAAUGGCUGGGAUAUGGUCAGAGAUGCUUUUUGAGUGAGUUUUUUUUUGAAACAGUGGAUUUUUCUAAGAAAAAAAAAAAUUUUGAGUUGAAAAAAAAAUCUACUGUUUCAAAAUUAUGUUAAAAUUUUCUUUGAAAAUUCAGAAUUAAUUUUGACAAUUCAUGUGAAGUAGAAAUUUUAAUUCAAAAAAAAGCCAAAUUUUUUAUCAAAAAUUUUUGAAAAUGUGUUUUUCUAGAUAAAAUUUGAAAUUCAAAAAAUUCUGAAACAGUGGAAUUUUCAAAAAAAAAAACAAUUAUAUACUUUUUCUCUACAAAUAUCCAUAUAGCACUUUUCAAUAAACUUCAUUCAGUUUAAUUUUUUUUGAAACAGUGAAAAUUUUUUUCAAAAUUUUUCUUGAAAAUAAUUUUUUCUAACAUAAGAAGGAUUCAAAAUCUCAAAAUUUGCAGAAUUCCAAACCUUAACAUUUUUUGAAACAGUAAUUUUUUUCAGACAAAAUCUGCAAGAUAAUUGGGAACGUUCGGGUGCGGCAUUUGUAGUCUAUUCAAAAGGCAAAAAAGUGGUCGAUUUAUGGGGUGGAUAUUCGGAUAAAGAAAGUGGAAGAUUGUGGAAAAAUGACACGUUGAGUGUGGCUUUUUCGUGCUCGAAGGUGGGUUUUUUGGUGAAUUUAAAAUUUUUGAAACAGUGAAAAAUUAAAUAAGGAGUAUAUCAGGCCUGUGCCGGAAAUUUUCCGAAUUUUCCGAAUUUCCGGAUUUUCCGGUUUUUUCACGGAAAAAUCAAUUUUCCGGUUUUCCGGAAAAUGUGCUCGGAAAAUCCGGAAAUGAUCUCUAGUAGUAAUAUUUUCAAAAUUGCCUAAAUUUUGGAAAAUUUUCUCAGUUUAUGAUAGAAAAAAAUGAAAUUUUCGGAAUUUUUUUUUCUAUUUUUCAGCUUUUACUUUUAAUUUUUUCAAGCUUUUAAUUUUUCAGCUUUUUUUAAACGUAAGACGUCUCAAAUAGUUACUAAAUUACCUGUGAAUAGAAGAAUUGUAGAUAAAAAUAAGUUUUAGUGCCAACUUAAGGCUGGAAAUCAAAAUUUCAGACUUUGAAAAAUUUUCCGAAUUUUCCGGAUUUCCGGUUCAAAAAUCCGGAAAUUUUCUUUCUGUUUUCCGUUUUCCGGGUUUUGAUUUUCCGGCACAGGCCUGGAGUAUAUAAAGAAACGGCUAAAAAAUCCAAGAAAUUCAAAUGAAAAAAUUUUGAAACAGUGAAAAAUUUGAAAUUUUUUCAAUAAUAAAUAAGUUUAUGAAAUAAAUAUGAAAAUUUUGAAACAGUAAAAAAUACAAAAUAAUUUUUUUUGGGAAUUUUUUGUAACGAAAAAUCAAUUUAAAAAUUUCAAAAAAAAUUAAUCAACCAAUUUUGAAACAGUGAAAAAAUUGGAAAAAUUAUUUUUUAUUUGAAAUUUUUUCAAUAAUUUUUGAAUUUUUUUUAAUGAAAAGUUUAAGUUAAUGUAAUUAUCACAAAAAUAUCAAUUUGAAAAUUUCAACCAAUUUUGAAACAGUGAAAAAUUCAAAAACUGUGAAGAAAGUUUUCAUUCAAACAAACGAAAACUUUAAUUCCAAAAUUAAGAUCAUAAAAUCUUUGAAACAGUGAAAAAUUUGGAAAUUUUAUUUUCUUUUGAAAUUUGAAAAUUUUUUAAUAAUUUUUUUUUGUGAUUUUUUUAAAUGAAAAUCAAUUUAAAAAUUACAAAAAAAUUUAAUCAACCAAUUUUGAAACAGUGAAGAAUUUUCCUAUGAAUAAAACAAAAUUAAUUCUAAUUAAAACAGUGAAUUUUCCAGGCGAUUGGCUCUCUUGUAAUUGCAAAACUAAUGGAUUCGGGAAAAUUGAAUUACAACGACUUGGUUUCCAAAUAUUGGCCAGAAUUUUCCAAAAACGGCAAAGAAAAUGUGACAAUUUCAUGGCUUCUAACACAUAAAGCCGGUUUAGCCUAUACAGAUCAUCCAAUAAGCAUUGAAGACGCAAAAAAUCCCUCGAAAAUCGAUGAGAUUUUCGAAAAUCAGGUGCCGAAUUGGCCACCUGGAACUGAAAUUGGUUAUCAUGCUAUAACUCAUGGUUGGCUUGUUGAUGCAUUGGUCAGAAAAAUUGAUGGAAGAACUGUGGGACAGUAUUUUAAGCAGGAAAUUGCUGAGAAAUUUGGUAAGGUUUUACAGAUUUUCUAACACAGAAACGCAAAAUUUUGAGAAAAAAUGAUGGAUUUUGAGGUUGAAUUGAGUAAAACAAGCAAAUGCGCCCCAUUGUACAUUUUUUGUUUUUUUGAAAAAUUAAAAUUAAAAUUUUCAUUUUUUUUUUUCGUAAUUUGCAAUUUGUAGCGAAUUUCGACUCAGAAAACCGGAAAUGCAUUAUUUUUCAAAAAAUUUCCUUUUUCAAUCAAAAAUCUCAAAAAAAAUCUAGAAAAAAAUAACCCAUAAAAUAUACGUUUCAAAAAUUUCCUAAAAUUUUCAAAAAUAUUCAAUUCACUAAUUUAUUUUUUUUUAUUCAGUAUUAAUCUUUAAAAAAUCGAAUCGAAAAUCAUUUUUGAAGCCAAAAAUCACAGGAUUUUUCUCACAAUUCAAAUUUUUAAAAUUUUGAGAAAAAUGAUGGAUUUUGAGCUUGAAUUGAGUAAAAAUAGCAAAUGCGCCCCAUUGAACAUUUUCUGUUUUUUUGAAAAAUUCAAAUUUUCAUUUUUUUUCGUAAAUUUGCAAUUUGUAGCGAAUUUCGACUCAGAAAACCGGAAAUGCAUUAUUUUCCAAAAAUUUUUCAAAAAUUUCCUUUUUCAAUCAAAAAUCUCAAAAAAAUCUAGAAAAAAUAACCCACAAAGUUUACGUUUCAAAAAUAUUCAAUUCACUAAUUUAUUUUUUUUUAAUUCAGUAUUAAUUUUAAAAAAAAUCGAAUCCAAGCCAAAAGUCAAAGGGUUUUACUCACAAUUCAAAUUUUCCCAUUUUUCUCUGAAAAAUUCGCGUCGCCAACAAGCGCCUGUUAUAUGUUUUCCGAGUGGCCGACGGUUGACGGGUUUUGCGAGGCGGCGAGAAAUGUGUGCGGAGUGGGCGGGGCUUAUUUUUGAAUGCGCGCGUUUUUGAGGAUUUUUUGUAAUUUUGAGUUGAAAAUGAAAGCAAUUCUAAUUUUUCACGUAAAUAAACGUGACCUACAUUCAAAACUCAUUUCCAAAUUGAAAAAUUUGUGAGGCAGGUCAAAUUUUGGGCGGGAAAGCUCGUUUUUUCGAGAAAAAAAAAUAGAAUAAAAUACGUUUCGGCCGAGAAAAGUGGCUGAAUUUGAAUUUUAAAAAAUUUGCAGACCUCGAUUUCCACGUGUCACUACCGAUUUCCGAACAAUUUCGAGUGGCUCGCCUUCAAAAUCCGUCAAUUUUCAAUGUUUUGGAGGAAAUCGCCUAUUCUCCAUGGGAUUUCAAUUUGAAACGAUUUGCGUGGGAUAAAUUGAAGAAUGGAACUUGGAGCAAAGUUGCGCAAACUACGCCGUGGAUUCGGUUUGUUGAGGUGAAUUUUGGGCGUGAAUUUUUUUUUUUUUUUUUCAAAAAAAAAAAUUCACUGUUUCAAAAUUUUCUUAUCAAAAAUUGAAUGUUUCUAGGGUUAAUCACUGAAUUCCUUCAUAACCUCCAAAUUCCCCUUGCAGGCAAUGUCUCUAAACGAUCCCGAUCUUCAUCGCCUCGAACAAUCUGCAGUUCUUGGAAUCGGAACUGCACGAGACCUCGCAAAAAUCUUCGAGCUUCACCAGAACCGCCAAAAUCAUCUCGGAAUCGAGUUUGACGAAAAUAUUUGAUGUUUCCAGUUAUGAGAGUUGGCCUGAUGUUGUGACUGGAGCUGUGGCUCCGAGAGCAUUUGGAUUUAUGAUGAAGGAGUAUGAAUAUAGAGAAGGGGUUGGUUUGGGGGGAUAUUUUCACUGUUUCAAAAAAUCUUGGAAUUUUUUGGAGAAUUUUUGAAAAUUGAUGUGAUAUUACCUAAGCAAUUGGAAAAGAUUUUGAAUAGAAAAAUUUGUGAAAAAAAUUCACUGUUUCAAAAUUAAUUCAAAUUUUCUCACAAGAAAUACAAUUUUGAUAAAUUUUCUAAUGAUACAAUAAUCAAAAAAUUCACUGUUUCAAAAAUAAUUGAUAUUUUUUUGGAAAUUCAAAAGUUAUUUAAAAACUUAAAAAAAAACUUAAAAAAAAACAAUAAGUAAAUUUUCGAAAAAAAAUCUCAAAUUGAAAUAAAAAGGAGAAAAUUUUUCCAAAAAAAAAUUCUUCUGAAAAUUCACUGUUUCAAAAAAUCUUGAAAUUUUUUCUCGAAUUUUUGAAAUUUGAUAGUCGUUUUUUCUUGCUGAGAAUCAACUUCAAAUAAACUUGAAACAAAAAUUGAAAUUUGGAAAAUUUUUUUGAAAAAAAUUCACUGUUUCAAAAAUAAUUUAUCUGAUUUUCUGGAUUUUUAAUUUGUUGAUUUUUAAAAAUCGGAAAAUUUUUUGAAAAAAAAAAUAUUUUCACUGUUUCAAAAUUUAAUAAUAGGUUUUCAAAAUUUGAAAAAAUAUUGUUGAUAUGAUAGUUUUUGAAAAAAAUUCACUGUUUCAAAAUUAAUUCAAAUUUUCUCACAAGAAAUACAAUUUUGAUAAAUUUUCUAAUGAUACAAUAAUCAAAAAAAAUGCACUGUUUCAAAGAUAAUUUAUAUUUUUUUUGUGAAAAGAAGUGAAUUUUCGGAAAAAAAAAUCUCAAAUUGAAAUAAAAAGAAGAAAAUUUUUCCAAAAAAAAUUCUUCUGAAAAUUCACUGUUUCAAAAAAACUUGGAAUUUUUUCUCGAAUUUUUGAAAUUUGAUAAUCCCAGAUCAAUCGAUGUUCAACAAAAAUUGAAAUUCGGAAAAAUUUAUUUGAAAAAAUUCACUGUUUCAAAAUUAAUUCAAAUUUUCUCACAAGAAAUACAAUUUUGAUAGAUUUUAAAAUGACAGAAUAAUCAAAAAAAUUCACUGUUUCAAAAAAUCUUGGAAUUUUUUAUCGAAUUUUUGAAAAUUGAUGUGAUAUUUGCUAAUUUUAGAAAUUUGAAAAGAUUUUGAAUAGAAAAAUUUGUGAAAAAAAAUUCACUGUUUCAAAAAUUAUUUAUCUGAUUUUCUGGAUUUUUAAUUUUUGUUCCAUCCGUUUUUGUUAAAAAAUAUUUUCCACUGUUUCAAAAUUUAAUAAUAGGUUUUCAAUAUUUGAAAAAAAAUGUUGAUGAUGUAAAAUAGUUUUUGAACAAAAUUCACUGUUUCAAAAAUAAUUCAAAUUUUCUCACAAGAAAUACAAUUUUGAUAGAUUUUAAAAUGACAGAAUAAUCAAGAAAAUUCACUGUUUCAAAAAUAAUUGAUAUUUUUUUGGAAAUUCAAAAAUUAUUAAUCAAAAACUUUUGUGGCAAACUAGAUACACGGACCGACGAACUGUACGCUCCUCCCACUUUUCUUGGUCGAUGGGGGGUCGGGUCCGAAAAAAAGCGAGCCGCACUUGCCAGAAGGCAAUAGCUCAGUAGGGAGAGCGUGCGCCUUCUAAACCAUAGUUGCUGGUUCGAACCCCGCUACUGCCGAACAGUUUUUUCAUUUUUUUUUGUUGCGCGCAUGGCUGAUGAAAAUUUUAAAAUUCAUAUUUGACAUAAAUAAAAAUAUGUUUUUUCUGACAUAUAUUUUUUGAAAACAUACCUGAUUUGUCGAAAACAUAAUCUGGAGAAUUUCCUAAACCUUUUCAAGACUGUUAAUUGAGAAAGUAUACGACAAAGUAGAUUUUUCAAAAACAUGAACAUUUAUUGAGAAGCAUAAUAGAUUUUAUUAAAUAUUUAUUGAAAAAUUUUCAUCCGAUGAUGGUCUGAGACAGCCGAUUGUCGCAAAUAGAGGUGGUUGUCAGGUUCUCCGGUGAAAUAAUGUCCUAUAAAAAUAUGUUGAAAUACAUUCUCAUGCAAAAAAGAUAAAGAUAUAUUUCAAGAUUUUUCAACUUAUAAGUAAUAACUGUAAAUAAUCGAAACAUAACUAAUUUGAUAUUGAUUAUAUCAGGCUAUUUCCAAAUCAUUAUGAAAAGCUAAGAAAAAAAAUCAGAUGUUUUCAAACUUCUACAUAUUUUACUUCCACAAGACAUAAUAAAACUUUCUCCUAGUCCAGCGUGGAAAUUUUCAGAAAAUUGAGUCAUAACCAUCUAAAAGAAAAUAUAGUUGACAAAAUUUCAAAAAUUCCAUCGAAAAUUGGAGGAAAUGAAUGAAAAAAAAAAGAAAAUUUCAGGUUUUUUCUUCAAAAAUUAUCAAAAUCCCAAAUUUCAUAACUCAAGGGUAGAAAAUGCAUAGAAUCGAAACAUAAUUAGUUAGAAAAGGCUUUAUUAAUGCUAAAUACAAAGUUUCAUCGAAAAUUGUGAAGUGCGAGUUAAGGAAAUAGAAAAUUUCUGCUUUUCCACGAUUUUUUCCUCCAAAAUCAACAAAAAUCGAAAUUUCAACGUCGGAAGUGAAAAUUUUCGAAAAAACGAAACAUAACUAGUUUAAUCAGGCUCUAUUAAUGCUAAAUACAAAGUUUCAUCGAAAAUUGUGAAGUACGAGUUAAGGAAAUAGAAAAUUUCUGCUUUUCACCAGGUUUCCACCUCUGAAAUCAACAAAAAUCGAAAUUUCAACGUCGGAAGUGAAAAUUUUCGAAAAAACGAAACAUAGCUAGUUUAAUCAGGCUCUAUUAAUGCUAAAUACAAAGUUUCAUCGAAAAUUGUGAAGUACGAGUUAAGGAAAUAGAAAAUUUCUGCUUUUCCACGAUUUUUUCCUCCAAAAUCAUCAAAAACCAAAAUUUUUCAUUUCAACAGCGAAAUUUCCCAAAAAACGAAACAUAACUAGUUUGAUAAUGGUAUGCUCAAGCUAUUUACAAAGUUUCAUCGAAAAUUAUGAAGUACGAGCCAGGAAAAUAGAAAUUUUCUGACCUCACUCAUCAGUUUCAAAGAAAAGUGCUUCGAUUUUCAAUUUAUGCGCUAUUUUCAGACAAAAAUCAAUAUUAUUCGGAUGCAAUAACAUCCUCCGAUACUAGCCUUACAGUCUUCGAGUGAAAUGUAACAUAAUUAGGGCAAAAAACAAGUGAAGAAAACAAAAACAAAACGAAAAAAAGAAAGUAAAAAAUUAAAAAAUUUUGUGUGGCGCGUGCAAUCCUGGCACACAUUUUUUUCAGGGGGCGGGGCGUACAGUUCGUCGGUCCGUGAGAUAAGUGAAUUUUCCAAAAAAAUUUUUUCUGAAAAUUCACUGUUUCAAAAAAUAUUUGGAAGUUUACAGCUUUUCGAAAAUUGUUAGUAUUCUGUUUUCAGACAAUAAAAUGUUUUUUUUAAAUUCUGGUGAUGUGAAAAUUCACUGUUUCAAUGAAAAUUCCCACAAUCUCAAUAUUUUUUCCAGAAAACCGUCAAACUUUUCGGUCAUUCCGGUUACGGCGGUCAAAACAUUCGAUUCGAUUUCGAAAAUCAAAUCGUAAUUGCCUAUCUCAGCAAUGGUCUAAAAGUUGGUUUCGGUGACACAGCAAGAACAUGGAAAAGGUUGUUGAAAAGUGUUUAUGACACAAUUCCAUAA